CCCCUGAGUCUGGUGAGAGUCUGGCGGCUUUUUUAUUUAGAGGAGAGGCAGCGGUGGCGGAGAUGGGCUCACACCUCUGAAUCACAGCUCAUCCUCCAGCCAGUUUCUCUCUCUCAGAUCUGGAUCGGCAACAUUUUUUUUCAGAAGGGGUUUGAGCUGAUUCUUGCUCAGACGGACGGACGGACAGACUGCAGCCAUCUGAACGCAAGGAGGGAGAGAGAGAGAUUCUCGGUUGCAUUCCGACGCUUAUUAGUAGUUCCGUGGUCUCACCUGCACUGCCGGCGGAGAGGCUCGCUGCGAUCGUAAUGCAUCCGGAUAAGUGCUUACCUGAGCUGAUGGCAGAAAAGAACAGCCUGGACCCUUCUUUUGUUCAUGCGGUUCGGCUCCUGGCAGACGAGAUUGGGAAGUAUGAAGGUGAUGACCCGAAAAAAGAAGGUGACACGAAGAAAUAUCUUGAUAUUAUCAGCAAUAAAAACAUCAAGCUCUCUGAAAGAGUUCUCAUCCCAGCCCAACAGUAUCCAAAGUUUAACUUUGUAGGGAAGCUGCUUGGACCGCGGGGCAAUUCUAUGAAAAGAUUACAAGAGGAGACAGGAGUGAAGAUGUCCAUCCUCGGGAAAGGGUCCAUGAGGGAUAAAGAGAAGGAAGAAGAGUUACGGAAAAGCGGGGAGGCCAAAUACGCCCACCUGAGUAAUGAUUUACACGUGUUAAUUGAAGUCUUCGCUCCACCGGGAGAGGCCUAUUCCCGCAUGAGUCACGCCUUGGAGGAAAUUAAAAAAUUUCUUGUUCCAGACUACAAUGACGAGAUUAGGCAAGAGCAGCUGAGAGAGUUAUCCCUGCUGAACGGAUCCGACGAGUCGGGCAGAGGGAGGAGCGCACAAGGGAGGAGCGUACGGUCAACAACCACAGCAUCCACAAUGAGCCACAGAGGUGCGAGCAGAAGAGCAGCGGCACCUCGAGGGACGGCUGCAGCCACACACAGCAAACUUCCCACAGCAGUCCUGACGAGGGACCUGCAAGCUCCGAGGACAAGGGGGGCAGCGGCAAACGCUGGAUACAGGCCCCCGCUCUUAGCAGUCACACAUGAAUCAUAUGAUGACUAUGUAAGUCCAAUCCUCUUUACUCAAACGCAAAAAAAGUCUCUCUGGAUAUAUCUGCCUUCACGGAAACUAGGUGGAGCUGGAAUGAAGAGACAGGAAGAAAGCUUGGUUAUGGCUACAAAGAGCCUGGCCAAUCAGUGA